AUGACAAGCCAACAGCCGUCGGUCACCGACACCUUAGCGCGGCUGUUAGCGCGGGAGGAAGAGCAUACCAACUCCCUUGCGCUCUCCCACCAUGAAUUCAGCGAGUAUCUGGACCACCAAGAACAAGAACCGACUGACGAAGACGACGCUCCUGUCAUGCUGUCUUUCGUCCACGACCUGGGCCCCAACGCUCUCAAGUCCAUGACGAACUUCACCGAAGACGAGUUCUCGCUGCUAUGGGAGCAGGUCAGCGCUAAGGACGCGUUUUUCAUGUCCCUGACAGUCCUCAAGCAUCACGACAGCUGGCUCAAACACGCGACGGACUUCCGGAUGCUGCCGCCAACGUUCGAGAAGAUGGCCAACAAGGUGGAAGAAGUGCUGAUGGAGCGCAACGUUACGAACGUCACGAUGACAAGCCAAGAGCGCUGCAACCAGCCGUUCACCAACUAUCCCUACGCGCUCUACGCACUGGACGUCAAGUUCCAACCCGCGUAUCGACCAUCCGGCCGCUUCACUGAGCAGAAACACUACUUCUCAGGAAAACACAAGUUGUAUGGCUUCAAGAUCGAGUGUGCGGUGGUACCACCAGGCUUGGCGGUGCAUGUGUCGAAGCACUACCCUGGAUCUGUGUCCGACAUAACCAUCUGUAUGAAGAAUCUGGAAGUGCACAAGCGGCUGCUGCACAAGACGACUGCUGAGGCUGAGCGAAACGACUACGGAGAAGGCUCGACGUCGUUUGGCAACAUAUGGGGUGUUCUGGCCGACAGGGGUUAUCAAGGGCUCGAAAAGUCUGUGCGCGCCAUCAUACCGAAGCGUCGUCCUCGUGGCGGACCUCUGACGUACGACGAGGAGAGUCGUAACCGGCGCGUUUCAUCGGAUCGUGUUUUGGUGGAGAACUACUUUGGCCGCAUGACAACACUCUGGCGCGUGGUGAGCACUACGUUCACGUGGAGUGAGGCAAAGUUCGACAGGAUCGAUCGGUACUCGCAAAUUUUGGCGCGUUACGUCUCGAUGUCUGAGGCUCAGCGCAAAAAGCGCGAGCGCGAUCGCGUCGUUGCGGAAGCCAAGCGAGCCAGUGCCCGUUUGUCCGUCGAGUCCACGGCUUCCAACUCAAGCUCAAGCUACCACUCAAGCAUGCGCGCGCGCACACGACCCCAGGCCAGCACAACCGGAGCCCGCAACUCUUUCAGUGCGACGACAAGCUCCUCGCCCGGAUCAAGCCCAUGCUCUGGUCUUAGCGCGAUUCUGGGCUCUCAGACGUCGACUGUUAUGGGCUCCCAAGAACUCUCGCAGGAGUUUUAA